AUGAUUAACAAUUUCCUUAUCAAAAGAAAUAUUUUGAGGUAGUCCAAAUCGUUUGAUUUAAGAAAGCACACUUAUUCAAACGUAUAUUUGGAAAAUUUUUGUAUUGAAUUUUUCACAAUUUUAUAGUAAACCACAUGAAGAUCCAGAAAUCCAUGUGUAUAUGGGGUUUUAUGAGCAUUAUUCAUUUGUAAUAACUAAAUAGAUAAUAGGUGUCUUUUUUUAUUGUAAGUAAAUUAUUUAUCAUAAGAACAAAAUUAAGUUUAAUUAAGGCUUCUAUAUUUUACAUCUUUGCAACUAUUAGAAGAACUCCAAGUGAAAUUAGCCUAUACAUUUUUUUUAUAAUCUCAAAUCUUCACAUGUCCGAAGCUAAAGCUAAAGAAAUUGAACUAGAAAAAUGA